AUGCGAGCCAGUUAUGAAGAGAUCUUAGAAGAAAUUGCGAUAAAAUAUGACGAGAAUAUAGCGACUGAACACUGCAAUCCAACUCGUUUAGAAGACUUAAGACUGCCAAAUUUUAAUGGAACUGUAGACAAUUGGAACUCUUUCCAAGAAAUAUUCUCAAAACUUGUAGAUGAUAACAAGAUGCUAUCUAAUGUUGAGAAAUUUUAUCGACUGAAAAACGCCAUAAAAGGGGAUGCUGCACGGCUAAUUCAACAUCUUCAAGUAACAGGAGAAAACUACAAGGCAGCAUGGACAAUAUUAGAGCAUAGAAUCAUUGAUCAUAGCAGCGUUAAUACACGAAAUGCUGCAAGUAUUAAACAGUUGCUGGAUACUGCAACAGAAUCAUAUCAAGCUAUAAAAGCUACGGGAAUACCAAUUGAGCAUGCAGAUCCAUUUAUAGCAAGAAUUCUCAUACGAAAACUGGAUAAAGAAGGUUUGCUGAGGUAUGAACAAUGCGUUCAAAAAACAAAAGAAAUUCAAACAGUAAAAGAUGUUAUGACAUUUUUAGAGCAACAAUAUUUAGCUCUCGAAUCGGUCACUCUGUUAUUGAAUGUCGGAAGUUUACUCAGCUAUCGGUUAGUGAUAAAAACUCCUGGAUUAAUAAAACAAAUAUGUUUUGCACACAAAAAUGACAAGAAAUGCUAUAAGCUGGAUAAAAAGUGUGAGCAAUGUGGAGGACAGCAUCACGGUAUGCUACACUUUCAGAGAAUUGUGCAAAAUAAACCACAAACUAGUGCUGGUGCAGCUGCAAGCAUGAUUACCAAAGAAAAUAGUGCAAUCACUUUAUUAGCAACAGCACAGAUUCAAGCGGAUUCUGCAAGUGGUGAAAAGGUUUUGUUAAGAGCGCUGCUAGAUCAAAGUUCACAGAGGACAUCAAUUUCAGAGGUAGCAGCACAAAUAUUAAGGUUACAUAGAACUAAAUCAAGAACGGAUCUGAUUGGAUUAGGAAAUACAUUAGUAGGAAUAUCAAAAUCAACAGUAGAACUCGUAAUUCGUCCAAGAUUUAAAAGCAAUAACAGUUACAAAAUUAAAGCUAUGGUUCUUAGCAAGCUAACAUCAGCACAACCUAAUAAUUCGUUUAAUGAAGAUUUAAAAAAAUGGGAUAAUUAUUGUUUAGCUGAUCCUAUGUUUAAUAAAUCUGACCGGAUAGAUAUAGUGCUGGGAGCAGAUAUCCUUACCGAGAUAUUGCAGCCGGGUUUGAGAAAAUGGGGUAAAAUCUUAGGUCAAGAAACUUCCCUUGGUUGGAUAUUAUCUGGAGUUAUCAACACAAACAAUACAGUCAAAACUAUAAUAUCAGCAGUUACUUCAAACAUUGAGAGAUUUUGGGAAAUUGAAGAAGUUUGUGAAGCACCUGAAAUAAAUGAAACUGAUAAAGAAUGUGAAAAAUGGUUUAAAUCAACAACAACGCUAAAUAAGGAAAACAGAUUUAUCGUAAAAUUACCAUUUAAAAAAGAAAACGAACUAGGAGACUCUAGGAAAAUGGCUAUGGCCAGGCUUUUGUGUUUGGAAAAAAGAUUUAAAAGAAACUCUAAGCUAAAAAAAGAAUAUAUCAAGUUCAUGAAGGAAUAUAUGGAAAUGGGUCACAUGCAGAAAGUUUCAGUAAUAAGAGAUGACCGUUCAACAACAAAAGUUCGGGUAGUAUUUGAUGCUUCAGCAAAAACUACUAACGGAAAAAGCUUGAAUGAAAUACUACACACUGGACCUAAGCUACAGUUGGACAUAUUUCAGCUACUUAUCAAGCGGAGAUUGUGGAAGUACGUUAUGACAGCUGAUAUAGAAAAAAUGUAUCGGCAGGUGUUGGUAGCAGAAGAAGAUCAGCCGUACCAAACUAUCCUAUGGCGUGAAGAUCCAGAAAAACCAAUAGAAGAAUUUGUACUGAAAACAGUAACCUAUGGAACUUCUUGUGCACCGUUCUUGGCAAAAAGAGCUCUACUAGAAGUUGCUUAUGAUUGUGCAGAUAAAAACUCAAAGUUAUAUCAGGUAAUAAAAAAUGAUUUCUAUAUGGACGAUUUGAUGACAGGUGCAGACUCCAUAAAAGAAUGUGUAAACAUUCAAUUUGAUAUCAGUCGGCAGCUAGAAAAGUUUGGAUUUCAUUUGCGAAAAUGGAUGGCAAACGAAAAGCGAAUUUUAGGUGAAAUUUCGGACUCUGGAGACAGUUAUAUUAUUAAAGUAGAAGACGGAGAAGCUGUUAAGACGCUCGGUAUACAAUGUGUGCCGAAAUCAGACAAUAUUACCUUUUACAUCGAGUCAGUAGAUAGUACUAACAUAACUAAACGCAAAGCACUGUCUAUAUUGGCUCGAAUCUAUGAUCCACUUGGAUGGUUGACACCAACAACAACAAUGGCGAAAUUAUUUAUACAAAAAUUAUGGCUUAUGAACUUGACGUGGGAUACGAAAUGGAUAUCAACUUUAGCUGACACAAGUUUAGAGCUUCAUGGAUUUGCGGACGCUUCAGAGAAGGCUUAUGCAGCAGUAGUUUAUGCUAAAACUUCUAAUGCUAUUACUAUGCUAACAGCAAAGUCUAAAGUAAAUCCGAUAAAAAACAAAAAGACAUUACCCAAGCUGGAGUUAUGUGGAGCUCAUCUGUUAGAAAAACUUAUGAAAAGCAUUAAGGAAGUUAUAAACAGAGAAGUCAAAAUAUAUGCUUGGAGCGAUUCAACAAUAGCAUUAUCAUGGAUCAAGAACGAAAAUAAAACUAAAGAUAAAUUUAUUGGGACUCGUGUAAGAGAAAUCAAGCAAUGCAUGCCUUCGGCAACGUGGAAUCAUGUCAGGUCAGAAGACAAUCCAGCGGAUGUGGCUUCAAGGGGCUUGAAACCAGAAAAACUUGCAGCACAUAGUUUAUGGUGGAAUGGUCCUACAUGGUUAAAAGAUGAAUCAAACUGGCCAACAGCAACUGAAUCUGUUCUUUGUGCAACAAAUAAUAUAAACUCUUCACAGAACAUAAUCAACGAUAUAAUAGAUCGCUUCAAAACUAGCAACCGCAAACUAGGCGCCGCACUACCUAAGACCAUUGGCGGUGAAAAUGUAGAAAGACAAAGGAAAUAUUAA